UUAAAAACAGAAACCUCAGACCUCAAAUUUUGACUCCCAUCCCUCUCUCUAUCCGUAUAUAGAUGCCACCGUCACCUCCAUAAUUGAACCAAACGUUCCAAAUCCAAACUUCAUAAAAUGGAGAUGUCUUCCCGACAAUCUCUGUUUCUCGCACUCCUCCCUGUUUUCCUCCUCCCCGGCGGCGUCCGUUCCAUAGGCGUUAACUAUGGAACAUUGGGCGACAACCUCCCGUCGCCGGCGGAGGUCGCCAGAUUCAUCAAGGACAGGACCAUCAUCGACCGGAUCAAAAUCUUUGACGUCAACCCGGACAUUCUCCGGGCUUUCGCCAACACCGGGAUCCUCGUAACCGUCACCGUCCCCAACGGCGAGAUUCUCCCUCUGGCGGAUCCGGGCUACGCCCGGCAAUGGGUCGCCGACAAAAUCAAACCUUUUUACCCGGCGACGAAGAUCAACAUCAUCGCCGUCGGGAAUGAGGUCCUCCACUGGGGCACGCCGGAGAUGCAGAACGGCCUUGUCCGGGCCAUGAGAAGUUUGUACGAUGCUCUGAAAGACUCCGGGAUCAAUUAUAUUAAGGUUUCAAGCCCUCAUUCGCUGGGGAUUAUGUUGAGAUCCGACCCGCCAAGUAUGGGCCGGUUCAGGCCCGGAUGGGACGUCGGGAUCCUCGCGCCGAUGCUUCAGUUCCUCCGGGAAACGAAGGGUCCUUUUAUGGUAAACCCAUACCCGUAUUUCGGGUACAGCCCGGACAAAACGGAUCUCGCUCUCUUCCGGCCAAACAAAGGCUACGUCGACCGGUACUCGAAGAGGACUUACGGAAAUAUGUUCGACAUGCUUCUGGACUCUGUUUACAUGGCGAUGAAGCGGCUGGGGUACCCGGACGUGGAGAUUGUGGCGGCGGAGACGGGGUGGGCGUCCGCCGGAGAAACGUACGAGCCGAAGUGUACGGUGGAGAACGCGCAGUCGUAUAACGGCGGGCUGAUGAGGAAGUACUUGGCCGGAGCGGGGACGCCGUUGAUGCCGCGGACGAGAACGGAGAUUUAUAUAUUUGCUCUGUUUAAUGAGAACCAGAAACCCGGGUCAACGGCGGAGAGGAACUUCGGGCUUUUCCGGCCGGAUUUCAGCUCGGUUUAUGACAUUGGGAUUAUGAAGGGGGAAAAGGUUCCGUCUUUGCCUCAACCCCACCCACGUCCUAAUCCACAGCCUAAGCCAAGACCAGGACCAUCUGGCAAAUUCUGUGUACCAAAACCUACUGCCACUGAUGCGCAGCUCCAAGCAAACAUAGACUAUGUGUGCAAUCAAGGCGGCGUGGACUGCAGUCCCAUCCGUCCCGGGGGCGCGUGCUUCAACCCCAACACUGUCCGGGCUCACGCCACUUACUUAAUGAACACCUUCUAUCAGACCAAGGGCCGUAAAGAUUUCCAGUGUGACUUCUCGAGCAGCGCCACAUUAACCACCACUGAUCCAAGCUACGGUUCAUGCAAAUACCUCUCCACGAGUAAAUCUUGAUGCGUCGUCGUACGUGCAUGCAUGCAUGGCAGGCCUGCUGAUCGAGAGGAACAUAUAAGUGACCCUUUAGGUGGAUGUAUACAAUAUGCAGGUCUUGUAUCUUAAUGACUUGAUUGGUCCUGUUUGUAUAUGUAUUAUUGUGUAUCAAUUUCUUGUCACCUUUUUGCGGCUAAGCUUGUAACCUCACCUCGUUAAUUUACAUAUUGUAACAGAAGAUAAUACUUUUGGAAUCCCGGCUAAUCUAAGUUAGGUUUGUAAUUAACGUGUUCAAUUCUGAGCUUCCAAUCAAUACAUCCAG